AUGGCGUUCGCUGGCCUGUACUAUGAGACGGGCAGCUUCAAAGCGGGCGUCAUCGGCGGCAGCAAACCCAAAGUGGCGACGCCGCUCGUCGUGGACGCCAUCGCUAACUACAAGCGCGAGAACCCCACCAUGUUCGCAUGGGAGAUCCGCGACAGGCUCCUGGCGGAAGGGAUCUGCUCGCAGGACAACGUCCCGUCCGUCUCCUCCAUCAACCGGUGA